CUGUGCUGAGGGGUAAAUAGGCGUAUAUUACACGAACGUCGAGGAAUGAAAGAGGUGCGCACAGGGCAUUUUUCGUUUCCCCUUUGGCGCAGCUUGUAAUUGUAUCGUCCCCUCUUUGGUGCUUUCUUCACGUUUUUUUAGCUUCCGUUUACGCGGUAUGGUCCUUCUCUCCGCACAUUUUCCCCCGCUUCGUCGCUUCUCCGUUUUGCCGCUUCUCCGUUUCGCCGCUUCUCCACUUCGCUGCUCCUCCACUUCACCGCUCCUCCACUUCUCCGCUUCCCCCCCUCAAGACACUGGCGGCCGGCUCCCCCCCUCCGCGGCUUCGCAAAUAUGCCUUGGGCUGCAAAGCGUCGCGCCCACACAUUCGCAAACGUCAUUGCGAAUGAGCACACCCUGACGCAGGACCCCCUGUGCGCGUUCAUCGGGCUCUUCCGCUUCUCCACGCUCGGGUGUGCGAGCCCGCCUCGUUGGUUGCGCGUUUAGGGGGGGGCUGCCCAGCGGUUGCCAAGCGGUAGACCAACCGUAGCCCAGCGGUAUCCCAGCGGUAUCCCAGCGGUAGACCAACGGAGACCCCCCAAAAUGCGCGCAGCUCAAUGGAAACAGAAGAAAUCGUCUGCGUCCACGUAACCCUCAAGUUUGUAAUCUUUAAGAGCAUCAAAAAAAAUGAAAACAGCCGCUGCGACAACUUCAUCAUCAAUUUGGCGGAGGCCAAUGACAUCGAGGCGGCGAACAAAUCGAAGCAGUACUUUAUCCAAAAGUUCCACCAAAUACUGAAGAAGAAAAAAAAAAAAAAAAAUGAAUAUGAAUGUCUGCUCAAUGGGACAGUAACUGAGAUCGCGACGUUUCUCGCCCAGCACAUGGAGUUAUACAUACAGAUAAGCCAAGUGAGGUAUGAGGCAGGUGAGCAGAGCGAGGGGGGCGGCCCGGCGGGGGAGGGGGCAAAUUUAGCGGGUGCAGAUGGAGCAGACGGGGAACCCCCCCCACCGCGUGGCGACCGCGAGAGAGAACCAAACCGACGCACCAGCCCUGGGAGGAACAAAAUCCACCUGCUCAAAAGCGUAGACCUAGUGGAAGACGACAUACAAUUUGAAAAUGGGCAAAUUUACUUCAAAUGUGUAUUUAAAGAUUUGCUAAGUGACUUUGAGUUCAUUCAUCACAGGCGGUACGAGAACAUUAGCAACUUUUACGUGAGCAACGAUUUUAUUUUUUCCAUUUCGGUUAAGUUCGAGGAGUGCCUCUUGGGGCGGAGGGACUUGGAGCGGCGCGGCGCUCGGGGCAGCGCUUACGAGCGGGAAGAUCGCUAUGAAGGCAGCUACGACGGUCGCUAUGAAGACCGCUACGACGGCCACCACAACCACCGCUACAACCACCGCUAUGACGACCGCUACGCAGGUCGCCCCCGCGACAGACGCGCGGGGAAAUACUGGCACCUUGUGAACCUCUGCCACAUGACCAACCUAUUCUACCUGCACGUAAACUUUGAGGCACACGAGCAAAGUUUCUUUCGCCACAAUUGUGUGGAGGUGACCGUGGGGGACAUGCUGCAGAGUCUUUCGCCGAGGGACGCCCAGGAUGGUACCCCCAGCGGGGCGAACCGAAACGAAUCUGGCUUCGCUUCACCAGGGGGGGGACCCCUCAAUGGAACUAAUGACAACCACCACCGCGAUGCGGAUGAUGAGCAGCACCGCGAUGGGGAUGAUGAGCAGCACCGCGAUGGGGAUGAUGGCCACCACCCCCUCACCGACGGCAGCCCCCCAAUGGGCUGCCACUUCUCCCUGACCCUAAUCGACCACGUGGAAGAGCUCUACGAUUACUUCCGCCUCAACGACAUACACAUUAUAUUUAACAAAAUUCAGUUGGAGGUUGAAAAGAAGGGACCUUUUUUUUCCCAUCAUAAGAAAAGUGGCGACCUAUGGGUGCGUUACAAAGACAUGGAAAGGAUGACGUGCCAGUUGAGCACCGUCGGUGGGUCCGUCCCUUCGCUGACCUUUCAAGCGACAAUCAUGUCUAUUUGUUUGCUUCCCCGUGGGGGAGAAUCCGGGGGGAGGUUUUUCAAUUCGUGGCGGUGGAGAAGAAGCGACGGUGUUGGGAGCGACGAUGUUGGGAGCGGCGAUGUUGGGAGCGGCGAUGUUGAGAGCGGCGAUGGUGUUGGAAGCAGCCGCACAAGCGGGAGCGGCAACUCGCCCAGUUGGGGCCCCCGAGUUCGCGCGCACAGGAAGGAGCUGGGCCCCCCCAAGGAUCACCUCCUCAAGUGGAACUUGUUCCUCUCCGUGGAGCGCUGCCACAUCCUGGAGCUGAGCAACAUCUACGCAGAAAAGAGGAAGACACGGCAGAGCGACUUUUUCGUGAAGGUCGAGUCUGGCCUGCUCGCGCGGCGCUUCGUGUCUCCGUUCUACCCCUUCGAGGAGAACCGGCAGAUCGAACUGAAGAACUGCCACCUGAGCCACGACUUCCAGCGGAGGGGCGCGGACCCCUGCGACCAGCUCGAAGGCGAAGCGGUGCACUUCCACCUGGCUCUGCGGGAGGAGCACACUGAGGGAGAAGGGCCCCCAGGUGACCCCCACCAGGAUAUUGGCAGCGGAAUUAACAUCGGAGUGGGGGAACUCUCCCUCAAAAAUUUGUCUAAAGAGUUAAAGACCACACUGAUGAAGGAGCGAGGAGGACCCCCCCAGAGGGACUACUACCAGUUUGAAUUUUGCGUGCCGCUUUAUUUACACGUUUUUAAAGAGAAAUACUUAACAUCAGAGUUGAGUGUGCGGGUAUUUCUGAGCGCACGGAGGAAGGGGGAAGCCGAAGGUGCAGCAAAGGUUGGAUCCCCAGAAGAGGAAACGCUCACAGUAGAUGAGAGCGGGGAUCACCUGGUGAAGUACACCCCAAAGGAAGGCACCAUCCCGAGCAACAUCUACGAAUUCAAGCUGUGGAAAGAGGAGGAGGAAAGGAGAAUGGCGGAGAUGCUAAAAAGGAAGGAACAAAAUGUGAUAAAAAAAUUGAUGAAGAAGCUCAUAAAAAAAUAUGAAGAUAUGGAAAGAGAAAGAAAAAACGAAAUGGAAAAAAAAAAAAACGAAUUAAAAGAAAUUGCAAUUAAAGUGAAAGAAGAACAAAUAAAUGUAAAAAAAAAUGAAAACCUUAUCAAAUUAAAAGACAAACAAUUAAAUGACGAAAUAUACACGCUGGAAAAAAAAUUAAAAAAAAUAAAACACGCUUAUGAAAAAUCGCUAACCCAUUUUAAAAAAAAUUUGAGGAAGGCCCAUUUGGGGGAAAGUCUCGUAAAAGAAAACGAUCAACUCGUCGCCAGCUAUAAAAAUGCUCUAAGUAAAGUGAAAAGGUUAAGCAAAGAAAAUGAAGAGAUGAAGACCCUUUUGGGGAAAUACAACAGCAGGGAUAACGCCAUCAUCAGCAACGCCUACUUUGAGGAACUGAAGGAGGAACUGAAGCGACUCAAGUUGUUUCACCGGCAAACGGUUCAGUCGCGCGGAAGAAGUGGAGAAGCGGAGGGGGGGGCAGCCCAGUGGACGGAAGCGGAAGGGGAGGCCGCUGACGAGGGAGCCCCACCCCACAGCAGCAGCAGCAGCUACAUACGAACCGUGCGGAAAAACAGAAAGAGAAUCAUUCAGCUCGUUGGAAAUUUCGUGCCCCAAAUUGAAGAGAUUUACGACUUGACGAACGACGACUUGCUGGAGGAGAAGGUCCGCUCCAUUUUGAGGGACGUCCACGAGGUGCGGCUGAUUCUGCGGGCCGAGGCGAAGGAGUUGGACCGCGCCUCCCCCGGGCGCUGGCGGGGAGAGUCCUCAGACGGGUCAGCAGGUGGGGCAGCAGGUAGGGCAGAAGACCGCGUAGCGGGCAAGUCAGCUGACCGGUCGGCUGGUCACCACAUAGACGUAUACACGGGCGAAUUCCCGGAGCCGCCUUCCACCCGCACCGACCCAUCGCGGACGCGGGGCAGGAACCUACCCGGGAAGGAGCCCCCGCUGGGAAGGCACGCAAGUCUGGCUAGCCACCCGAGGGGGAAGAAGCCACCCCCCCAGAGGAGCCUCCUGCGGGGCAAGGGGUUUCCCGGCAUUCUCUCCAAAGGGGUAGACAUCCCCAGUAAAGCGGCAGUCGCUCACUUCAGAGGGGUAGACUCCCCCUCCAAAGGGGUAUAUGCCCCCACCAAAGGGCUAAGCGCUCACUGCAGGGAGGCGCCCCCCCACGCCAAGCUUCUAAGUGAGAAGCGCGGGCGGGCCCCCCCAAAGGACUCCGCCCCGACCCCCCAGACGGACGGAUUUAGAAAAAGGGACAAGCCAAACGACAAUGCCAGCGUGAUCGAAAAUUUAAAAAGCGAAAUAAAGCGACUCAUCGAAACUGGGAUAUACAACGAGGACGACACGAUUAUUCAAAAUAUGAAGAGGAAGUUGAGCGCGCUGCUUUGA